CAGAAGAAAGGGCUUUAGCUAUUUAGCUGUACAAACAUAUUUAUUGAAUGCCUUUUCUGAACCGAUCCUGUGAUAAUGUGCUAGAGAUUUCACCGUGAUCAAGAUAAACACAGUCUCUGCCCAUAUCCAACUUAUAUUUUAGAGGAAGAUAAUAGAUAAAUACCAGAAUCUCUAUUUUACAGAGAGGCUAGGAAGGAAAACAACAUGGUGAUGUGAGAGAGUGACUGAUGGGUUGAUUGGGUGUGGGGUCCUAAUUUAGACAAGGCUUCUCUGUGGAGGUGGGGCUUUUGAACUGAGAAUGAGAGGAAAGCAGACCGCAGCAUGUGCAAAGGGGCUGGAGGUGGUCAGAGAUGAGACCGCGGCCUGCACACCUGAAGUCUAGUAAAGAGAGGAGGUUGGAGAAGUGUGGAGGGGCCAGCUUUUAGGUGGGGAUGCUAGAUCUGAUGCAUAUUUCAGGAAGGCUAUUGUCUGGGCAUGUGGAUGUGAGCGGGAUGUGAUUUAGCAGAGUUGGAGGGAGAUCUUUGGAAGCUUUGAGAGAAAUUUUAAUGAUUUGGAUCAGGGAUGUGGUGGUAGAAAGGGAGAGGAAAGGGCAUGUUUGGAAGUGGAACCAACAACAUCUGCUGAUGUGGAGGGAAAGGGAAGAGGAAUUUAGGAUGACCCCAGGUUUUGGCAGGAGGGUGAAGGAAGAAUAGUAGCAAAACAGAUCCUGAAGGGUCAAAUUAAACCAUAAUGUGAUGCCCUUUCACACCACCAAAACGAACAGAAAAAAAAAAAUGUAAAGGAUGACAAAACCAAGAUUGGGGAUGAUGGAGAGCGACUUGAAGUACAACAGUUUUGGAAUACUUUUUGACAUUAAUUGCCCAAAUCGAAUAUCCACAAAUUCCAUGCACUCUUCAUUCUCCCUCUCCCCCAAAUUCCCUUCGCCAUGAGACCUCCAGAGGGUGGUCCAGUGCUCGGAGUACAUGGGGGGCGAGCGGUGGGGGGCGGGAGGGAUGUCACAGAUUCCCCCGUUUCCCAGAACGAACCCAGGAAGGAGUGUGACCCCGGCCCGCUGCAUUGUAUGGGGUGCAGAACAGGUGCAGUCCUCGGUCACCCUCGCCCAGCUUCAAUGCUUAAAUCGCCCUGGUCCCACUUCAAUGCUUUUCUUGGCAGAGCACAGGCUCUGGCAAGGUGGCCCCUCCUCCUCCCAGUGGCCCAGAAUAUGCGGAGCUCCUGCAGUUUCCGACGCUGCCGCGCGGGGCCGCUAUUGCAGCCGGCGAGCAGCCGGCAGCUUCCUGUGGGGCGGCGGCUGGGCUCCCACCUCCACCACCCGGCGUCCGGGCGCCCCCCAGGACCCAGGACCGACCGCCUAGUACCGUUACCAGCGCUAUUGACUGUUGAGAGUUCAAAGUCAACGCAAAGAUUCCAAGCUUUCUGGCCAGACGAGGACGUCCUUCAGGCUGAGGCAGGGCUCGAAGCGGCUCCGCACUAUCCUGAGUUCCUCGGUGUUUUUGUUGUAUCUCCACCUUGUGGUUGAUGGGCACCUGCCAUGUCCUGCUUGGCAAGAUCCAGGAGUUGAUCUCAGAGAUCCUUCAUGUAUCUUGGACUCUCAGACUAACCUUGGGAAAGAGAGAGCGCAGAAAUCUCUAGACCUUGGCCAUGAUCACUUCCUCCUUUCAAGCCUCUGUGGCAGUUCUUGCCCUGGUUACCCUGCAUGUCAGUGCCCUGGAUACAUUUAUAGCUGCCGUGUAUGAACAUGCUGUCCUAAGGCCAAAGGGCACAGAGACACCUGUUUCUCGGGAGGAUGCCUUGCUCCUUAUGAACAAGAAUAUAGAUGUUCUGGAGAAAGCGAUAAAGCAGGCAGCUGAGCAGGGUGCUCAAAUUAUCGUGACUCCAGAAGAUGCACUUUAUGGAUGGAAAUUUACCAGGGAAACCAUUUUCCCUUAUCUGGAGGAUAUCCCAGACCCUCAGGUGGACUGGAUUCCAUGUCAAGACCCCCAAAGAUUUGGUCACACACCCAUACAAACAAGACUCAGCUGCCUGGCCAAGAACAACUCUAUCUAUGUCUUGGCAAAUAUUGGGGACAAAAAGCGAUGUAAUUCUCAGGACUCCACAUGUCCUCCUAAUGGCUAUUAUCAGUACAAUACCAACGUGGUAUAUGAUGCAAAGGGACAAUUGGUGGCACGUUACCACAAGUACCACCUCUACUCUGAGCCUCAGUUUGAUGCCCCUGAAAAGCCGGAGCUGGUGACUUUCAACACCACCUUUGGAAGGUUUGGCAUUUUCACAUGCUUCGAUAUACUCUUCCACGAUCCUGCUGUGGCCCUGGUGAAAGACUUCCAUGUGGACACCAUUCUGUUUCCCACAGCGUGGAUGAAUGUUUUGCCCCUAUUGUCAGCUAUUGAAUUCCACUCAGCUUGGGCUAUGGGCAUGAGAGUUAAUCUUCUUGCGGCAAAUAUACACCAUGUGCAACAAAAUAUGACAGGCAGUGGUAUUUAUGCACCGCAUUCGCCCCAGGUAUACCAUUAUGAUAUGGAAACAGACUCAGGAAAGCUCCUUCUUUCAGAAGUGGAUUCGCGUCCCCGAACCUCUCCUGCCUACCCCACAGCCGUGGACUGGAGUGCCUAUGCCACAACCAUCAAACCAUUCCCAGUCCGGAAAAAUACUUUCAGUGGGUUUAUUUCCCGAGAUGCAUUCAACUUCACAGCACUUUUUCAAAAUGCAGGAAAUCUUACAGUCUGUCACAAAGAUCUCUGCUGUCAUUUAAGCUACAGAAUGUUAAGAAAAGAAGAGAAUGAAGUGUAUGUUCUAGGAGCUUUCACAGGACUUCACGGCCGAAGGAGAAGAGAGUACUGGCAGGUAUGCACCAUGCUGAAAUGCAAAACGACUAAUCUGACAACUUGUGGACAACCGGUAGAAACAGCUUUGACAAGAUUUGACAUAUUCUCCCUAAGUGGUACAUUCAGAACAGAGUAUGUUUUUCCUGAAGUGCUACUUACUAAAGUUCACCUGUCACCUGGAAAAUUUGAGGUACUAAAAGAUGGGCGUUUGAUAAACAAGAAUGGACCCUCUGAACCUAUUCUGACAGUGUCACUCUUUGGGAGAUGGUACACUAAGGACUCACAUUCCACCUCAGGAGGGAUCAGCAAUUUGGAAACAACUAACCUGCUAAUAGCCACUUUUUUAAUGAUCAUAGCUUUGCAAAUAUUAUGAUGGUAUAGAACAUCACUUUUUCACAUUUAUUUUUGCAGCAUAUAUUUUGCUAAAUGUGUUUAUCGGCUUUUCAAGUUUACUAAGAAACUUUGAAGGGCAAUCUCAAUGGUAUAGACCAGUGAUGGCGAACCUAUGACACGCGUGUCAGAGGUGACACGCAAACUCAUUUUU